AUGGCCAUCCAGCAUCUGCUCCUCAUCGUCUUCCUGGCUUCCGUCCUCCAAGCGGCCACCUCCGACACAGCGUACGACCUUUUGGAGAAAAACAACUUCCCGCGGGCUCUCCUGCCUCAGGGUGUGAAGUCGUACGUGAACCAUGGGGGCGCCGUUGAGGUGACCCUCCCUGCCUCCUGCGAUUUCAACGUUACGGUUGCCGGUGGAUCACACAAGAUUCGGUUUGACAGCAUAGUCAGUGGGGUUAUCCGGCCCGGAUCCAUAACUCAACUGGGCGGCGUGAGGAUCCAGUUUGAGUGGGAUUUUCUUGCAUUCCACACGGUUCAACGCGUCGGUGACAAGCUCAGGUUUACUGGUAGUGAGCAUGCAGCCACGUUCGACCAGUCAUUUCCGGUUAGCAACUUCGUGCAGAGCGCCAGGUGCAGCUAA